AGCUGCGAUCUGUUUACCUGUGUGUCAUCCAUACACUGCGACACUCAGCAUCCUUUAUGUACGAUGGAAACCGACACGCUUUAAUAAUAUGAAUUCACUCACUGCUCCAUGUUUGUGCCGAUGAUGUCCUUCUCCGUCAUCCUCGCGUGACAGUCCAAGCAUCACCAUGGCGUCUUCAAGUUACGCUUGCAUCCAAGACGGCGCCACAGAGAAGGACAGACUCCUCUCCUCCGUGGUCAGCUAUGGGCCCCGGGACCUUCUUGGGGAUGGGAGCCCCCGUCCCACUAGUCUGGUGGGCUCUGAGCCCCACCAGCAGCAGCAGCAGGAGGAAGAGGAGGGGGAGGCCCUGAGGAGGAAGCUCAAGUACUUCUUCAUGAGUCCUUGUGACAAGUAUCACGCCAAGGGCCGCAAGCCUUUCAAACUUGGCCUGCAGCUGCUCAAAAUCAUCAUUGUGACUGUGCAGUUGGUGCUGUUUGGACUGAGCAACCAGAUGGUGGUGACAUUUAAAGAGGAAAACACCGCUGCAUUCAAACACCUCUUCCUGAAGGGUUACCAGGACAACGCUCCUCAGGACAUCCACACGCAGAAGGAACUGUACAGCCGCAUCCACUUUGCCAUAGAGCAGUACAUGGCUCUACCUCAGAUCUCACUGGGACGGUAUGCAUACGUGUUGGGCGUCGGUGUAAACGGAAGUGCGCUCUCCCUCUGCCAGAGGUACUACAGGGGCAGCAUCGACCCCGUCAACGACACCUUUGACAUUGAUCCCCAUUUUGCCACUGAUUGCAUUGGUCUGGAUCCGGUGAAUUACAGUUCUGCUCCAGGAAACAGUGAAUACAGGAAUAUCACUCUCAAGUUUGACAAGCUGAUCAAUGUAACAAUUGACUUCCAGCUGAAGGCCAUCAACAUUCAGACCAUUAUAAACAAUGAAAUCCCUGACUGCUACACCUUUGCUAUCACGAUCAUCAUGGAUAACAGGGCGCACAGCGGCAAAGUUAAGAUCAGUCUAAAGAACCAGGCCUCCAUAAAAGAGUGUAAAGACCCCAACGUGUCUGGACACGCGGAGAGCUAUGCGCGGGAGUUCUUCGAUGUGCUGGUGGCGUUCGUCUGUCUGCUGUCCCUGCUGCUGUGUGGGCGCUCCAUCCUUAGAGGCAUCCUCCUGCAACACGAGUACGUUCAGUUUUUCAAACACAAACUUGGCCGCGGUGUGAGCUGGGGAGACAGAAUGGAGUUCAUCAACGGCUGGUAUAUUCUGCUCAUCGUCAGCGACAUGUUCACCAUCAUCGGCAGCUUCAUCAAAAUUGGGAUUGAGUCCAAGACGUUGUCAUCAUAUGACAUGUGCGGAAUCCUGCUGGGAACCUCCACUCUGCUGGUGUGGGUGGGAGUCAUCCGCUACCUCAGCUUCUUUCAGAAAUACAAUAUCUUGAUUGUGACUCUAAGAGCUGCUUUUCCUAAUGUUAUCCGCUUCUGCUGCUGUGCAGCUGCCAUUUAUAUGGGAUAUUGCUUCUGUGGAUGGAUUGUGCUGGGGCCCUAUCAUGCCAAGUUUCGCUCCCUGUCCAUGGUGUCAGAGUGCCUGUUUUCUCUGAUCAACGGAGACGACAUGUUUAUAACGUUCACUGAGAUGGAGCAAGGCGGCACGCUGGUGUGGAUCUUCAGCCAGGUCUACCUUUACACCUUUAUCUCCCUCUUCAUCUACAUGGUGCUGUCCCUCUUCAUUGCACUCAUCACCGGAGCCUACGACACCAUUAUGGCCCAAACACAGGAGCAGGUACGCGUCAGCGAUCUGCACAUGUUCAUUGCAGAGUGCACGGACACGCCCAGCUCUGGCAAGUUUCGUAGGCCCGAAGAGUCGUCAUGCACCUUCCUCUGCUGCUAUGACUAGUGAGGAGGAGGAGGCACAGAGGGAGUAACCACUGUAUGAGUGUGUGUGUAUAUGUGUCUGUGAGAAAGAGCAAGGGAGUUUUUUUUUGUUUUUUUUUCUGUAAAAUGCUAUAUUUCCACUCCAGUGACAGCUGAGUGCAAUUACACUCCUUUUUCCAGAUACCCAGCAGGGACGAUAAAUGCCUUGAGAGUGAAUAGACUGACCUUGGACCACGAUGUCCUCCGUUGUGCAUGUUUGAAUUUUGCAUUUAAAUUUGUGCUGGAACGGUAGAACGCACUGCACAGUCACUAGCCCAAUUACCUGCUUUGGCUUUUGUACUGUAUGAAUAAUUUAUUGUCUCUUUCUGAAAUGUCAGUUUGUUAGGGCUUUGAUGACUAGACGCAUAAUGCCAGUAAAGAUAUUCAUUGCUGUAGACUGGACACAGGGUUCAUGAAGUGAAAUGGGUGCAAAUUUUCACUUGAAUGAUCCGCUAUGUACAGGGUUUUUAUUAUCAUUUUAUUGUCCACUUGGCUACCCAGGUGACUGGAUUUUUGUGCCUCUUGAUUAUGUAAAUAUAUGUAUGUCCCCUGGAUCUUCAUAGCAGAGGUAGAAUAGACACAAGAGACAGCCGGGCAAGCUGAAAAAACAGCGAUCGUUAACUGCUGUAUGUAUGCAUUAACUUCUGCAACAUUUUCAGUCAAGGCUGUUCCACCACUCCCGUUAUAAUUAUUCGCUCCUCAUCCCCUUUGUUCAUGUCCUCCUCUUGCUGGAAGGAGAUGAUGGCUGCACGAGGAAGGACGAGCCCUGCAGCCAGCCACUUAGUCAUCAAUAUGCAUGAAUUGUUUCUGCUGUAAAGAGCCAGGUGACUGUGUGGGUUAAUGCACUGCGAGACAGAGCCUUUCUACUGUUUAAAGUGCUCCGUUCAAGGCAGUAAAAUAAUAUCAAAACAUUGUCAAGUGACGCUUAAAGAGAGGUGUGUCAUAGGAGAACAUUGUAGGAGCUGCACAUUGUGCAAGACUAUGCUGCUUUACAAAGUUGAGAGAAAAAGGGGUUGAAGUUUGAAGGCUUGUAGCCAAACUUAGAUUAGAUUGAGACUGAGACCCACCCAUCGGGACAGAUAAUGGUAACAGGUAUGCGGACUGAAGUGAUCAAAGAUUAAGUAACUAACUGAAGGUUAAGAUGGUGAGGAGUUUUUUAAGUAUGGAUUAAAAGGCCUCAACAGAGUCAGACUGUCUGUCUGAUGUCAGCAGGGAGAUUAUUCCAGAGGAAGGGGCAAGAAAGGAAAAGGCCCUACAGCCAACUGGCUUCUUUUUAACUCUGGGGACAGACAGGAGCCAGACAUUUAUAGGGAGCCAAUGAAGGGAAGCUAAAAUUAGUGUAAUAUGGUAAACUUUUCUAGUUUUAAUUAUCUGCAGCAUUCUGAACCAUUUGAAGACUUUUCAGUACUAGCAUGCGGCAGGACUGACAACAAAACGUUACAAUAAUAAAGUCUGGAUGAAACAAAGGCAUGAAAUAGGAUCUCUGCAUCAGCCACGGACAGAAAAGUCCUCAUUUUAGCAAUGUUGUGUGAGUAAAAAAGGCGGUCUUGGUGAUUUCUUUAAUGUGCUGAUCAAAAGAGAGGGUAGGAUCAAACGUAAACGUAAGGUUCUUGGCUGUCGACUUUGAGAAAUCACACAGUAAUCAAGAGUUACUGUCAUUUGAUCAAACUGGUGUCUAUGUGGUGCUGGGCCAGUGACCAGCAUCUAAUUUUUAUCAGAAUUUACGAGCUAGAAAUUAUGCGACAUCCAGUUUUUCACAGCAGACAAUUAUAUACUUUGGGAAUGAUCUUAUGCCUUUAUAGGCACAAACAGCUGAGUAUCAUCAGCCUAGCAGUGGAAAUUAAUUCCAUGACUACGUAUAAUUUGGCCAAGAGGUGAAAUAUAAAGAGAGAAGAGCAGAGGGCCAAGAACAGAGCCCUGAGGUACUCCAUAGUUCACAUGAGAAAAUGUUGAUGUAAUGUUAUUAUAGGAAACACACUGUGUUCUUUCAGAUAGGUAGGACUUUAACCACAAGAGAGCCAUAGACCCCAAAUUGAUUUUUCAGUCGAUCUAGGAGUACAUAGUGAUUCAUGGUGUCAAAAGUCACUCUGAGAUCCAAUAAUAGAAGCACUGAGGUGGAAUCCGAAUCCAUAGUAAUCCAAAGAUCAUUCACCACUUUAGUAAGUACAGUUUCAGUGGAGUGACAGGCCCUGAAAGCAGAUUGAAAAGGUUAAAAAAGACUACUGAUAUGUGUGCUCUCUCUAGUAUUUUUGAAAAGAAUGGAAGGUUAGAGACAGGUUGAUAAUUAUUAAGAGACCCUGGAUCAAGGUGUAGUUUCUUAAGUAAAGGUUUAACCACAGCAGGCUUAAAGCUAGUGGGGACAGUGCCGGUCAUAAGUGAUAAAUUAACAAUAUUCAGUAUUGUAGGUCCCAGAGAUGGCCAGAAAAGUUUAGCUGGUAGGGAGUCAAGGAGGCAGUUGGUUGAUUUAGAAGCCAGAAUGCAGGAUGACAACAUUUCUCCCGGCAUCAAUUUUUAAACCUUUCAUACUAAGGUCCUCCUGAUGGGAUGGGGUGUCUCUGGCUGGUCAGUGAUCAAAACACUAUAGUCACUGAAAGACUCUAAUUGGUUAAGAAUUGAAGGCGGGAUCAUAUGCCAUUACACUUUUACCCACUAGGAGGCGCUAUUACACACGGAAACUUUCUGAUGGGUAAGACUUUAGAGAUAUGGGUCAUGUGCCGUUGCUAAGCAACACACCUGUCUACCUGAACUUUAUCCUAGACUCCUGCAGAACAGGAGUAUCCGGGACACAUAAUGUAGAUACGAUUCCUGGCAAAAAGACUUUCACUGUCUCUCCCCUGUGAUAACAGUGCUAAUCAGUGAACUUCCCAGGCUCUACCCAACAAAACGACCUUGGUUCCCACCAUGUUCCCAUUCAAUGCAUUCUUUGAUUAAAAUGAAACGCAUCUAGGAAAUGCAAAUAAUAUGGUUGCUUUGAUUAAAAAAUAAACAUCUAGGUUAUAUAUUGAUUAUGCACUAAACACAAUUUCCUUCAACAACCUCUUUGACCGUUUUGUCUUGGUAGAAAGAGCUGCAAUUGAAUCCAGGAGACUAGAAAGGGCUGUGUUUAAGUCACUGGUACAAUUUUCAACAGGGCUUGUCGCUGCAGUGACAGGAGCCAGGACCACAGGCAAUCACUCACCAAAUGCAGCUAAAGUUGAGGAACCAAUGUGGCGAGUUGGAGUAUAAAAAUUGAUUUUUCAAUUCCAGGAAACAGGAGAAAUUGGGUGAAUUAGCUUAUCUUCCCAGCUAGCUUUAACUAGUUUGGUUUUUACCUCUGUUUUCUAGUUCUUGUGAAUUUGUCAUGCUGUUUUUUUCUCUCACAAAAAAGUACUCAUUUCUACAGUAUAAUAAUUUUUAUGGUAAGGUAAGAAGUCAAAGUCAGAUGCCUGUCUUAAGUCCAAUAUUUUUUAUGUUUUUUAAACAUGUUUUGGGCAUUUUUGCCUUUAUUUGGAUAGUGAUAGCUGCAGAGAAAGACAGGAAAGGCGGGGGAGAGAGAGAGAGAGAGAGAGAGAGAGAGAGAGAGGAUGACGUGCAUCAAAGGGCCACGGGCUGGAACCGAACCCCCAUUAAGGACUCAGCCUUAAUGGUACACGCUCCACCAGGUGAGCGACCGGGCCGCCCCCUUAAGUCAGUUCUGACCAAAUAUGAAGUUACUGUGUUUUGACUUUGUAGGGUAGUAUGUACACAGCUUAGAGAGUUGUGUCUGUAAUUUCCAUAAUGUGUCAGACUCAGACACUGUCAUUGCACAUAGCUCUUUCUUUUUUCUUUUUUUUUUUAUCUGUGAACGAACUAGGGCAUCUCUACAAACCAGCAGUUGUUCAUUUGCCCUUUUUUUAAAGGAAAAUGAAUAUUCGGAAUAGCAUUCUUAUUAUAGAAACUCACUGAAGUGGUAAUGUCAUUCCAGCAUGCUGCGUGGAGGUAUAUGGAGGUUACUGUUCAAUGGAAGAGAGAUGAUUACUGCACAAAUUGUGUUUCAGGACUAAAGGGUAAAAACAUUUUAUUGCUCACUUAUAUGCUAACUUAAAUGAAUUAAUAUUGUUUACAAUCAUGUGUUUUCUUUUAAUGAAUCUUUAUUUACACUUGUUUAUUUGCACUUAAUUAAGACUGAUGUACAGCUUAAUUCAAUUUAAAUGUGUCACAUGGGAGCCAUAUAGCACAAUGGAGCAAAACACUGUAUAUGUAAUGCAUCUGUUAGUGUUCUCCUGACACUUAUGGGAAGGUCCUUUUAAUGACACUCUGAUUAUGGUAACAGUGUAAUUGCUCACUAUACUCCUUAUAUUUUGUAUGCUGUCUCAAUUUUUUUUACCUCGUUCUGACAAGAAACAAGUAAUAGCUAAAAGGAAGUACUCUGUAUGGGAGGAACUUGCACAGUUUUUUUUAUCCUCAUUUGUAUUGAAUCUUUUAUGUGACGAUGCUGUAUUCUGAAUUGAAAGUACAUGUCAGCAAAAUAAACUGGAAAGACUCUGAAA